UGGCCCUCGGACACAGCGGAUCACCGAUCACGGAAAGAGCUGAAGAUGUCGGCUCGGUCAUGUGAUCAGCUGUGUCCAAUCACAGCUGAUCACUGAUCAUCAGGACACUGAUGAUCAGUGUGCCCUGAUGAUCAGUGUAGCCCCAGCAGUGCCACCUGUCAGUGUCCAUCAGUGGCUUGUGUCAGUGCUCAUCAGUGCCACAUCAAUGCCACAUAUCAGUGCCUACCAGUGUACAUCAAUGCCACAUAUCAGUGCCCAUGUGAGCUGCCUUUCAGUGUCACCCAUCAGUGCCAAUGCCAAUCAGUGCCACCUAUCAGUGCUGCCAAUCAGUGCCACCUAUCAGUGCCAGUCAGUGCCACCUAUCAGU